AUGUUGAAGCUGUCGAGGUACAGUAUGACGGUCGCCGGUAUCUGGCGGUCACCAUUCCCGUACAACUCUAUCUACCAAAUCUACUCAUCCUUCGUGCGCAUUUGCUAUCUAAUAAGCCUCGCGCUAAUGUACGCCUACCUCUUCGACAUCUUCGCCGCCAAAGGAACCGCCAUCGACGAGCCAGCAGAUUUCAUUUUUACGUGUAUCGCUUAUCUAAUAUCCCUGACUGUCGUCCAAAUAAAAGCCGCCCUCUGCCAGUCCGACAAGUUCCUCCGACUGUUGCGGCGGAUCCAAGAAGCUGAAGACGACCUCUUUCGUCUCAACGAGCCCGAAAUAGCGUCUUUCCAUUCGUCGCAGGUUCGUUUCGCCCGAAAGAUCAACCUGGUGGUCUUCUUCUUCAAUUUCUGCUUCACUGCGGAGCUUAUCAUCGCGAACUUGUUUCAACGCACCGCAAUCGAAGAGCACAAUCGAGUUUUCAACACGACGUUAGAAAAACGUUUCGUGUUCCAAUGGUAUUACGGUUCAAUCGAUACGGAAGCUCACGAAAUGCUUCUGCUCGUCGUCAACGGAUUUUCUCUGACUUUGGCAGCCUGCAUGACCUUUGCCACGCAUUGCGUGUACUUUUCCUCGACCUUCUUCGCGUCCUCGCCGCUGGGAGCGUUGGGCAUUAGGCUGAAGAAAGCCGCAAGCUACGCUGAAGAUGGACUGGUCCGACUAAUCAAAGACUACCAGGAUGUUAUUGAGUACGUGCAAUACCUAAACGCGUCUACUAAGUACGUGCUGAUGAUGGACUACGCCCUAAACUCUUUAAAUAUGGCGUUGAUAAUAUUUCUGUUUUUGAAGGUGGAUACAUACGCGCAGUGGCUUUCCGUUGUAUCUUACGCUGGUUAUUUGAUGACCAACAUAUUCGCUACAGGUUGGGCAGCUAACGAAAUCAAAAUGCAAGGCUUGAGACUGUCCGACGCUAUUUAUGAAAGCUCGUGGUAUAAUUACGAUAAGGAGCUCAAGAGACAUCUAUUGAUGGUAAUGAUACGAGCUCAGAAACCUCUGGUGUUGACGAUCGGACCUUUCGGGGAGAUGGUUCUGCAGUCCUCACUCACGAUAAUGAAAGCGGCCUACUCCUACAGCAUGAUAAUGAUUCAGAAAUACUAG